CCGAGAGCGCAGCAGCAUCACUUGAGUCCGACUCACAGGUGCUCCUCUGCCGCUGCUCUGCUCUUGAACUGGCACCUGCCGUUAUAUUUGCUCGGAAACUAAAAGUUCAGAGUCGAUUGCUGGGAGAGAAUUUUCUCAAACACACAGGGAUUACCGCGGUUUACAGCUACAUCAAGGAUGUGCGGUAUGGACGUGGACCUGGACGACGGCGGUUCUGCCGAGGAAGAGAAAGAGGAAGAUUUCUGGAUCGGAGAGGGCGUGAAGAUGCUUCCCCCGCCUGUGGCUCACAGCGGGGGCAGUGCUUGGGGCAGCCGUAGGGGAAGGUGUGGCUGCGUGGCCUGCGGGGCGGCUCUCAUCCUCUGGAACCUGUGCGUGGUCUUAGCCAGCGCUCUGCUCCUGGCUGUGGUCUUCUCUGUGGUGCUCCUGCCUGCAGGGCUGCUGCUGUAUGCUGGUUUCCUCUGCCACUCCAGGGUCCUUGAUGCACCCUCUGCCAUCUGCCAUUAUCUCGAUGACAACAGCUGCUCUGCCCUCAUCAUCCUGGGCUUUGUGAUGAUGUCUCCGCUCGUGAUCGUGGCGGCGGCAGUCUUCUGCGGGCUGCUCCGAAAGUUUCGACUCCUGCUUUUCAUUCAGCCAAUCAAGCGCGCCUGGUACAGAGGGAGGCUGCUGGACUGGGCGGGCAGCAUCCACGCCUGGGUUUGAUCACAACAGAGAAGGUGGUGCUGAGGGUCACAGUGAUCGGAAAGAUUGAUUUGUGCAAGACGAACCUGAGGGUUACAGAUGUUUUGCAAAAAUAGAAACAUCAUUAUAGUCGAUAAGACAGUCAUACAGCUAAUACUUACUUUGUCAAUGGUUGUAAAAAUGUUUGACAUUUUAGAAAUAUUCGAGUCCUCUUUUCUCCUGUUAGUUUUGGUGAGAAGAUCAAUAUCACCCUCAUGUCUGUGGGGUGAUAUUGAAGCUGCAAAGACCAGAUAAUUAACUUAGAAUGGGAUAAAGACUGAAAACUUCGAUUCAGGGUGAAACCCAAAACACAUACAUUAAUAUAAACCACCUAAAAAGAUAUUCCAGAGCUUUAGAGGUGACAGUAGGAAGAUUAAAUUAGCCUUUCCAGCUAGAUGUUGCUGGGAUUUGUGCUUAUCAAACAGCCAUCUGCCUUCAGCCUCCUCUUUGAGAGUGCAGUCACCUCUCACUGAUCUCUCAGACAGAAUACAAAAGUGUAACUUCUAAAAUGUCAAACUGUUCUUUCAAGACCAAGACCUGUGUUAUUGUGUCACAUAUUUCUUUUUAUUCAUUUGGCUACUCGCGGCCCAUUUUGGGUAAUUUUGUGAAUUGUUUUUUUGUUUUGUUUUUUUGAAAAUGACCCUAGAUGAGGGUUUGUUGGGUUUGUGUGGCUUUUACACAGAAACAGACCAGUUUUCUUAGAUAUGUAGUGCCAUCUUACAAGAAUCUUAAAGCAAAACACAUUACGGGCUCAUUAUUGAAGUAAACCAGAUGCAUAUUAGAACAGAUGAGAAAAAAAAAACAUGCAAACUUCUUGGAGAGUGAAGGAUACCUGCAGGGUAUUCACGCAAGCUUUAACAGCUCCUUGUUGGUUUAUUUUGAGGACACAUCAAACACCAGUUUAACUAUGAUUUUGUACAAAAACUCAUAUUGUUGUGAUUUUGUAUUCCCUGUUUGCGAACUACAUGGAUGUGUUUAAAUGUGAGACCUUCUCAGAAGGUUGUAUUUGUGGUUGCACUUGAGAACUUUCUAAAUAAGAACUAGUCACUAGCAGACAUUCCAGGUUGCCUAGGUUACCCUCUAAUGUACAGUGUUGUGCAAAAGUCUUGGC